UUUGGUCGAGACGCUUGUUGUAAGGAUACAUUUUUUAGUUUCCAAAUAAUUGACGGAGCCGUAGCGACGUAAAGACAAACUGAGAUACUAGCAGAGUAAAAUUCAACCUUUGAUUUUAGUUUCUGUCAGUCCACUGAUUCUGAUUUAAUCCCUCAUAUCGACGUGUCUCAGACUGUGAAGACGUCAUCCAGGAAUGGAGUUCCCAGAAGAUUUCAACCAGCUCGAACUUCUCGACACACAUGGAGACCUGAUUCCUCGAGGAGCCAGAAGUUCCUGGACGGCCAGCAAGGAUGACGAGGCCGAGGUGGACGAGGGGGAGCGCACUGAGGAGUGGUACCAGAAGAAGGAGGAGCUGCUCAAAGACAAACCAAAGGAGCUCAUCCUGUGGGCGGCAGAAAACAACCGUCUUUCAACCAUCCUCCGUUUGUUAGCAGCCGACCCUCUGCUGGUGCACACCUGUGAUGAGGAUUGCUACACGCCGCUGCACCGCGCGGCGUACAGCGGCCACGUCGAAGUCGUCUGUGCGUUGUUGGCCGGCGGCUCCGAGGUGGACCCCCGCACCAUCGACGGCUGGACGCCCCUGCACAGCGCGUGUCGAUGGAGCCACGUCGCUGUGGCCAGUUGUCUCCUGCAGCACGGCGCCGAGCUUAACGCCCAGACCAACGGCGGGCUCACGCCGCUCCACCUGGCCGCCUCCUACACCAGCUCCUCAAAAAUAGACUCCACGCACAUUUUAGAGCUGCUGCUCUCGAAGCGGACCCUGCGGCCCGGGCUCCACAGCAGCAGUGGAGAAACGGCCGGUGACGUGGCCCGACGUAGCGGGCCGCAUUACUUCCUGUUUGAGAUGGUGGAAGACUGUGUCAGUGUGGUGCCAUCCUAAUCUGAUUGCUGCUUACAUUUUCUUUAGUUAGACUUGUUUUCUAUUGCCUGAUGUGAUUUAGUUAUUCGUGGAUAAAUAAAGGUAUUUGUUGACGUGUUGCAUCUGUAUGUUUUUAAAUGUGAUUUCAUAAUGCUGCAAAUUAAAAAAAAUAGUUGAACUUGA